AUGGAUCGCGUGGGCGCGUUUGAAGACACUGCAUAUCCUCAACAUCAGAGCGAAGCUCAGCAGCAUCGGCGCCAAGAUGGAGGACGAGGACGUAGCUAUAUUCUUGUGAAGCAGUCUCCCCAAGAGCUACGAGAACGUCGUUCUCAACUUGUAGACGAGCAGCGCAAACUGCAACCGCGCGACGCUAUCAACGUUUUGACGAUUAAUCACAUCAAGCGUCAAGGUGCCAAGCCUGCGGCGGUGAAGACUGAAGAAGUGACCAAGGCCUUCAGUACCGAGCGCGAGGUUCGUCGAUGCUCGUUCUGCGGAAAUUGGGGAAAAGUGGAACGUUGUUGGACCAAGCAGAAGGAAGAGAGUCGGGGAGCUCAACGCGAUAGCAAUGCUCCUGGACGCUGA